AUUAAGUUAAUUUUAAUAUUAAAAAAAUAAAAAAGUAGAAAGUUCUCGUGACAUUAAAAUGGAAACGAAUAAUGAUAGUACUAAUAAUAAUUCAAACAAUAUCAACACAAAUUUACAUUCAUUGCCACUAAUAAAACGGCACGUAAAAGAAAAAUAUGAUAACGAAGAUAAACUAUAUCAAGAAUAUUAUAAAUUUUCAUUAGACGAACGUUUAGAAUUAUCAAAAGUAAAUAACAAAAUAAAACAUAUUGUUCGUUAUGUAUUAAAAUUACCAAUGAUUGAAGAUAAUGACGAACGCGCUAAAUUAUUUAUCACUGAAAUGUACAAACGUCGUAUACGUUCAAGUACAAUAGUACGUUAUUAUAAUCAAUUAAGACGUGUAAGAUUUUUUGGUUCAUCAGCAAUAAAACCUAAUCAGCGUAUUUUUGAUUCACAAAAGCCACCACAAGAACGCGUACCACCAAAUAGUAAUAUUGUUCGAUUAAUAGAAUGGUGUGAUAAUAAUAAACAUGAAAAUAAUCGCGCAUACGCAAUAUUAUUUGCUUAUUAUUCGGGUUUAAGAUCAGCUGAAAUAUGUCAAUUAACAAUUGAAAAUUUAGUUCAAUUAGAUGAAAGAUCUCCGGUGAUAGCACUGAAAUGUAAAACAUCUGAUUUUUGGUCAGUACCAUGGAAUCGUGUGUUGGAAGAAUUUAUCGAUGAAUUAAUGGGGGUUUACAAAAACAAAGUUGAAAAAUAUCGACGUACGGGUAUUAUUGAAAGUUUAUUUAAUAUGUCAUCACGUGUAUUAUCAAAUACAAUACGUAAUUUUUAUAUGACUGCUGUUGGUGAAGUACCACCGGAUGGUUUUGGUGUACAUGUAAUGCGUUAUAUUAUUGGUACCAGAUUGGCACAAGAAAAUGAUUUAGCUGCUGCGCAGCAUUUCCUAGGACACGAAAGAAUAAAUACAACUAAACGUUAUGUACGUUAUGAUUUACAACAACUGAAUUCUAAACUGAGUCAUAUUAUUGAUACCGAUGAAUUUUAUCAACAAUUAUUAGCAUAACAAUUUAUAUGAAUUUUAUAUAAAAGAUUUAAUAUUUUUUUAAGAUUUCGUAUCUUAUAUCAGUCAUUAUGCAGAUCGGUUACUUGUGAAACGUCAUUUUUAUCGUUUGCAGUUCAAGUUUCAAAUCGUUGCCAUCUGAUAUUUUUUCAUUGAUUGCAUACGAUGAAUUCAGAUCAGUGGACUGAUUCAUUUUACUAUUGAACAAGAUUAUUUGUGAUUUUGAUAAUAGAUUUUAAUCAGGUGCUGGAAUCAAAGAAAAAACUACAAUAUUUUUUUUUUAAUUUCCCGCUCUGAAAAUUUAAAAUUAAAAAAAAAAAAAAGUAAAAUUAUUGGUUUCAGUCCGAUUUUCAAAAAUCUAGUUUUCAUGUUUUCAUUCGCACGCGCAUGUAAGUGAGUGUGUGUGCGCAUGUAAUCUAUUUAUUGUCAUACAAUAUUUUUGAAACGAAUCAACCAAUUUGAACGUUCUGUUCGGCAAUCGAGAGGGCUCAUCAAGACUUAAUACCUCCAUUAAGCUAGCAGUGAACAGUCAGCAAAAACGACCUAAAUUAGCACGAGAAUUUGUUGCUAAAUAGUUGUUGCAAAACCGAUUUUGUUGCUCGAACCGAUUCCACAAAAUUGAGUUACUAAUGUCUUAACCAUAAGCUAGCAGUAAAAUCGCGGAAUUGUUGUUGAACGAGAUGACUAAUCGGUCAAAAUUCGUUGCUCAAAAACAGCGCGAGAAACCUAUUAAAAACUUGAAAACCAGCUGAAUCUAGCCACCGGUAAUUAAUGAUCAAUGUCCCUGCUACCUUAACACGCGGUUUUUAUUAACAAUGGGCAGUUAUGAAUUUUGUUGCUGGUCAUAGAUCAUAUUAAAGGUGCUCAUAGAACCAGGAACAAAAUAGAAACAAAAGAUCGGCUAGCCCUAACAAUCGACAACUGAACACCAGUGUUCCUACUACUUUAACACGGGAUUUUUAUUGGCAAGAGGCAGUAGUAAAGUUUGUUGCUGCUCAGAAAUAGAAUCAAAGAUAUUACUGUGGUGUACGAUGAUCGCGAAAAGAGCGAAUAUAACAUAUAGCAAAAACAAAACCUGUAAUUUUGCAGAAAUUCAUGUAUAUAAAAAAUUCUGAAAACCGCCUGAGCCUGCGGGCCAGCUUUAUGAUUUCCCGCUAUUUUCGAGCUCUUGAGCUCGAAAAAACUGUUGUUAAUACAUUUUUGAGCUCUUCAAGCUCGAAAAUAGUAAUUUCACACCUACCAUUGCAAAAAUUUAAGUAAUAAACAAUAACUAAAGAAAAUAAUGAAGUAAAUCGUUAUUUUUUUAUUUUAUAUCAGCAAUAUCUUUGGAAAUAACGAGCCGAUAGUAACGUUCAAAAAGGCAUUUGACGCGGUUUUUGAUCUCUAACAUUAAAAAUUUUUUUGCAACAUUUGAUAAAUAAUAUUGUGUUAUUCGGGAAAAAUGCAGUAAAUCGAUUUUUUUUUAAUUUUCGAUCACCAAUAUUUUUUGAAAUAAUAAACCGAUUUUGAUGUUCAAGGUGACAUUCGACGCAGUUUUUUUAUCAUUAACGUUCAAAAGAACACCGUCAUUAACCAGUUCAAUGAUUUAGAUUUUAUUAGAAAAAAACCCUUUUUCACAAUUAUUUCGACAACGAUUUCCUUUGAACGAAUGGACCGAUUUUGAUGGCUGAGGUGGCAUUCGACGCGACUUAUCAAGUUUCAGAGCUGUUUAGAUUUUGGAAUUAAUCUAUCCAGAACAUUACAAGUUAUCCGAAAAAAAAAUAUUUGAAAAAUUUUAUUUUUAGAAUAUCUCUUAACGCACCGUACUGAUUAUUCUCAAUUUCUCCAAAAUUGUUGGAAUUAAUGAGCCGUUUUGAGCGCCACCUUAAAAAUCCAAAUCGGUCCAUCCGUUCAAAAGUUACAGAAUAUUUACAUACAUACGUACGUAGACACAUACAUACAUUUGGACAUCACCUUGAAAUUAGUCAGAAUAGCUUCCUAGAACCUCAAAACGUCAAGAUCUGUUAUAGAAAUUCGGUUUUCGAAAAUCGGACCGAAACCGAUAACUUCCCUUUUUUUUUUUUUUUUGAAAAUUUUCAAUUUUCUUAGUGGGAAGUUAAAAAACUAGAAUAAAAGAAAUUUCUAAGCAUAAAUACAAGUAAAAAUAUAAGACAAUUAUCUCUUGUAGAACGAAUAAAUAAAACAUACGAAAGUACGGAACAUAUUGGCAGAUUUAAAAUACGGUACAAACCCGUGAUUUCAAUAAGUAUGGGGUCAAUUUUGGAUAACUUCAGUAAAACUACCAGAUUUUCGUAGUUUUCCGAGGUACUACAGCAUCUUACAGUUGUUUACUGUGAAAUUACAGGAGAGUACCAAAAAGUUGCAUAGAAUGUUAGCAAAUUGCAGUGGUCUACUGACGUUAGUCAUUUAAAUAUUUAAGGCCGGCUAUUCUGGUUUUUUUUUUUUGGUUAAUAAUAAUUAUAGCCACUCAAAGAUUUGAUAUUUUGUGCAAUUGACGUCCCAUCUAUUUUUCAAAAUUAAAAAAAAAAUGAUCUAAAGAAACAAAUCCUAUCAAAUACAGAUUCUCUGAAAAAAGUCACGCCAAGUACACGUUCAAAACUUUUUACAAAAGAUAAAAA